AUGGUGUACGUGUUUUGUGUCGUUAUUCUAGUCCUUUGCCAAACACAUUGCUUGUACUUUUUGAAUAUUACGCUAAACCAGUCCAGCACGUGUGCAAUAUCAAGCGAGAAGUUUUGGCUCAUUUUGCGAAAACACUUCACCUUGGUCAGUUUCAUGACAAUUACGAUCCUACACAACGAGGAGAACAUUUCGGAGGUCAAUCAAAUAACAGAAGAGUUUCUGAGCCUUUUAUUCGGAAAUUACUAUCACACAAAUUUGUAUCAAACCGUCAAGAUUCAGGAAAAAUUUGCGCGGACAAACAACAAAACGGGGGCUUGGUACGAAAAUGUAGCACUAGACCAAAAACUUGACCCGCCCAUUGAUCAGAACUGGCAAAGGGUGAAAUUGCGCACAAGUGACUCGUUUGAAGGCUUCAUAAUAAUAGUAUGGGACCCACAAACCUUGGACCAAUUUUUAAACCAAAAUUUUUCGUUGGUGGUACCAAGAGCACGCGCUACUUACUUCCUCCUCUUUGUAUUUUCCAUCUAUGAAAACUGCAAGUUGGUCAAUCACAUCCUGAAACGUUUCUGGAGCGAAUUCAGCGUCCUAAACAUCAUAGCACAAACACCGUACUGUUGCAACAAAGUCUACAUCCAUCGCCCGUUUGUCAAAACCACAAACUCGUGGGGGGUAACCCAGAGUUACACCCUGACCGAAGUUACCCAAAACCUUGCACUUAUCACAAACCCCUUACUCGAUCUGAACCAGUUCCCACUCCGAAUCGCCCUAUUUGAGAAAAACCCAACCGCUAUCAGAAAACUCCCGAAAGCAUUGCAAAACAACCCAAUUUAUCGCAAUUUAUCGCGUUCCAAAGGCUUUGCCGGAAGUGACGGCUUCCUCCUAUCUGCCAUGGUCGAGUACCUUAACUUCGACCCCUUGAUUGACGAAACCUUGGAACCAAUGAACUUCGGACACGUGCUGCCUAACGGCACGGUGUGCGGCGUUUUGGCCGAAGUGGUCCACAAACGCACAGAUUACGCCGGAAAUUGCCGCUUAAUGACCUACUUCGGGACAGAUGGUUACGAAUUCACGGCACCGUACAGCUCGGAGAAGAUCGCCAUGGUGGUACCCAAAGCCGGGAAAGUACCGCGGUGGCGCUCCCUCUUCAACUGCUUCAACGCCCUGUCCUGGAGCUUGAUUUUUUCGAUUGCAAUCGUCAGUACCGUUUUUUGGUGCUUUCUGCGGCGCUCCCAGCACUUGAAGCGAGCCAGUUGGGAGAUGUUUGCCCACUUUGUGGGGAUCCCCUGCAGAGUGGUGCCGUCACGCGGCCAGUUCAUGUUUCUGACGGCUUGUAUGAUGUUCAAUAUCAUCAUCCUGGGGAUAAUUCAAGGCUCGUUCUUCACCGAUUUCACCACGACUUCGUACUACCCCGACUUGAACACUUUGGAGCAAGUGCUUGACUCGAAUUUGCCCAUAAUGGCGUUCGCGUGGCGGCUUUUGCGAACCAACUCGUCGCCAAUUUUGCAAAAACUCGAACAGCGCAGUAUUCCAUACGAGGAUAAUGUGUACGAGCUUGUGGCGCUUUACAGGAACGUGGCAGCUUUGGACAGGAGACUGGACUUGGAGUUGGAGAUUAAGACGAAGUAUUCAGGGCGAGACGGGGUUUCCCCGUUACAUAUUGUCGACGAGAGUCUUGUUACGUUCCUGACGACUAGUUUGGUACCCAAAGGGUCGCCGUUUUUGGUCGUUUUUAACCACGUUAUUCGGAGUAUGUUUGAAGCUGGGUUGACGGCCAAGUGGUACGAUGAUGUGGUGACCAGUUUGAUUAUCGAACACAAGCAUAAAACGCCCAGUUUUGGGGUAAAAUACCGGCCUUUUACCUUGCAAGACGUGCAAGCUGCUUUUUACGUCAUUGCGUUUGGUUACUCGUGUUCAGUUUUCGUUUUCUGGUGCGAAAUUAUCGUCAAAUUCAGUGGCAAAAUAAAGCAUUUUCAUUACUAUUUUGUUUUAAUUUAAUGGAUCAAUUGUACAAAUAACAGAUCGGUAGGUUUUUACGUAAGCAAUUGUGUUGUUUGUUAUUUCCAGGUGUGCAUAAUUUAUGAAAACAUAAUCAGCUAUUGAUUAAAUCCGGGCAAAUCAUGGUUAAUAAAAGUUAAAAGUGAAAUUGUGAUGCAGGUCUGGGGUCUCAUUAUUUUGCCUUCGUGUUGUGGUUAUUUGGAUUUAGCUAAGUCCAACGACCGGUCAGAUAACUGUUUUAAUGAAGAUGAUUUUUGGGUAAUUUUUUCCACGCACUUUCUUCUCGCAACGUCCUUAACUUUUAUAACAGUUCAGACGAACAGUAAACAGUACGAUCUGCGUUUGCUUGCGCAAGCAAUCAUCCAAAGCAUGGAUAAAGACCAAGUUAUGACCACAAGACACGUCAUUUUGCAUAAUUAUGCAGAAAACAUAAAUUUUAACGUGGUGUUCAAAACUGGGACAAAGAAAAAUGCGAGAGAUUUUGUCACAGAUUUAUUGGCAAAAACGAAGAAAUUAGCUUCUGAUUCUAGAGAGGGUUUCGUAAUAAUCACUUGGAACGUCAAUGUUUUACAAAAAUUUCUUGCCCAACACAUUAGUGAAAUAAACCCGCGCACAAGAGCCACUUAUCUCUUCAUCCUGAUCUCCUCCAGUGACUCACUAAGAAAAAUCAAACACUGCUUACAUUUUUUAUGGCACAAGUACGACAUUCUGAACAUUGUGGUCCAUGUGUUAGGUUGUGGUACCACCACAACCCUAAUUUAUCGCCCAUUUUGCAAAACCAAAAAUUCCUGGGGGGAAAUCACCGCACACCAGAUUGAAGAAAUCGUCCAGCAGCCCUUACUCCUCACAAAUUCACUCCAGGACCUGAACCAGUACCCUCUCCAAGUGUCCCUUUUUGCGCGCGACCCCACAGCCCUAACCCAGCUCCCCAAGCUUUUGCAAAACAACCCAAUCUACAAAAACCUGGCGAGUUUCUACGGAUUGGACG